GCGCCUAUGCCCGGCAGGUACUGUGCCUUUUGGAUUUUCCAAUGAAUGAAAUGAGUAUUUCUUGAGUGUUGACCCUGUGACCCCCUGGCACCGUGUCAUGUGCUGGUUAUGCACACACGAUAUUCUGUUUCAUCCCCGGACGGCUCCAUUAGGUGAAUGCCAAUAUUAUCACAUCUUACGUAAGAGGACACUGAGGCUCAGAGAGGCAAAGUCACUGUCACUGGUGCACCCAGCUAGUGGGGGCUAGGGUGGGUGUGGAGGGGCCAGAAGCUUCCCAAUAAGUGCCUGAAGGGCAAGGCUGGGGCAUUUGUAGGUCGAGGCUGUGCCACUGUGUCUAGGUCAGACCUAGGAAUGCCGCAGGUGUUGCAUAAAUGCUCAUCAGUCCAGGCUGGACUGCUUAUGCCCAACUAAGUGCCUAGCCUGCUCUGGGUGACCUCACAGCCUGCAUUCUUUGCCCUACACCUGUUGUGGGAAAGCGUGCUCCCAGCGUGCUAUAAAUCCUCACAUUCAUAGCUAACCAUGUGACCCCAGUUCUGGGCCAGCAAAGAUGAUCCGGAAGACUUAGGGCUCUGGCCUUUCCCACCGCAUGACUACUGACUCCACCCCCUGGACUUGGAGGGCUCUAGGACCCAGCAACCUGUGGAGGGUGGAGAGUGUGUGAGGUCCUGACCUCCAGGUGCCUCCCCUCUUUUCCUCCCCCCAUUCCCUCUUGUCUCUCCUCCCUCCCUUUCUCUCCCUUCUCCUCCCCUCUCUUUAUUCUUCCUCUUCCUUUGGCUCCCCGCCUCUGCUUCCCCCCUCUCCUGUCCUUUCCCAUCCCCUCCCGCUUCAGCCCCCAUCCCGCUCCUCCCACCCCGGUGGUCACAUGGGGGCGCCGCCGGAUUUAAGCUUAAUCUGCCUGGUGCUCAGCACAGCAGCCUGGCUGUGGCGUGUGCUGACUGAGCUAGUCUUGGGGUCCUGGGGAAGGGGGCUGAAGGAGUGCCCACAGCCUCCCCCCUAUGAGCUUGGGGCUGGCGGGGGCACAGAAGGUGGAGCUGACGCUAGAGACGGUUAUCCAGACACUGGAGAGCAGCGUCCUGUGCCAGGAGAAGGGCUUGGGCACGCGGGACCUGGCCCAGGACGCUCAGACCACCAGCCUGCUUGCCCGCAUCAGGGAAAUUGUCACCCACAACCUCUCCCGGCCUGAGAGCCCAGUCCCGCUGCCAGCCACGGAGAUGGCAUCGCUGCUGUCGCUGCAGGAGGAGAACCAGCUGCUGCAGCAGGAGCUAUCCCGCGUGGAGGACCUGCUGGCACAGAGCUGUGCCGAGCGCAAUGAACUCGCCAUUAAGUACAACGCGGUCAGCGAGAGGGUGGGUGCCGCCUAGGUGGUGGGCGAGGCCAGGGCUCCCCCGGUUUGAGGGCAUGGAGGCAUCUAGACCAGGCCCACACAUGGGGCAAAAGAUGGGCCCUGGUGUCAGGUUGGCCUGGGCUUGGAUUGAGGCUCUGCCACCUUGAGUGGCGUUGAACAAAUCACUACAUUCUUCAAGCCUGUUUUCUGUAGUGGGGAUUGUAAUGGGACGUGGAGUUGUGUGAAUAAUAGGAAAUAGUAGAAUAAAGUUCCUGGCAUAGGGGCAUUUUGUUCCCAUCUGUCCCAGGCCUGUUAGGGGUUCGGGACACAGAGAACGAGAUCCCUAGAGAUUCCUGCCUCUUGAGUUUCUGGGCAUCUCCCUGUGCUACCAUUGCCACGGGCCUUGGGGCUGAGGCGGUGGCUGGAUGCUGGCUCAAGGCUGGUGUGGCCACCCGCAGUGUUCUGCAGGCCAUCUGGGGCAGCCACAGGACCUGCCGCCACUGCCUAUUGGAAUGGGUUCCAGGCAGGGAAGGAAGGAGAAGCAGGCCUGUCUUCAUGUCCAGGCAGGUUUCACAUCACCCGUGCUGCAGGCUUGUGGGGGUCCCACGGCCUGGGGUGGGAGCUGGGGGUGAGCCGGUGCCAGGGGUGUGGGAUGCUGUUGAUGCACUGUCUGCUUUGGGCCUCCAGGUGGCCGGGAGGUGACUCUGGAAAGUUGGUGGUGGCUGAAGAUUGGUAAGGGAGUUACAAGUGGGACCGAGUGUAUGUGUACAGAUGGGAGGCAUGCAGGUGGCAAUAACAUAUUAAUAGUAGCUACUGUUUAUUGAGUGCCUAGUACGUUGCAGGCACGGGCUGAGUGUUUAACAUUUAAUACACCAAGUUCGGGACCAUUAUGAUGCCCAUUUAACAAAGGAGAAAACAGAAGCUCAGGGAGGGGAAGCACCAUGCUGGGGGCACACAGCCAGUUAAGGCUAGACACCAGGUCUUCCAGCUCGCAGCCCCAGUGCUCUGUUUGGUUUCUAGACUAACGCAGUCUAGAACCAAAGUUCUAAAGUUUUGUUUCCUACGUACAGGAAGAGACACUGGGCUAGGGAUUUCAGGGCACAGCUGGCCCCUGCAACGCUGGAAGGGACCCAGAGAGGCAGGGGCUGGCCCAGGGUCCCCUGUGUGGUAGUGGCAGAGCUAGGGUUGGCGUGGGACCCCUAAGCUGGGCUUGUCCAGGCUGGAGCCCGCACUGGGAGGAGGGUGUGUGUUCCUGUAUGUGACUGUGGGGCGUGUCCGUGUCCUGGGAUUUGUCUGGCUGGACAAACCCCCGACGAGUUGGGACUUGUAGAGGAGCCGGGUAGGCGGCCCGCAGUGGCCCCUAGCAUCAGGUCAGUGGAGAGCUAGUUUUCCCAGGGUCUGCAGCCGGUGUGUAGGGCAUGCUGGCCCCAGUCUUGCAUUGUCAGUGGUGAUGGGGCCCUGAGCCAGCCCUCCCUUUUCUUUUGGCCCGUGCAUGGCACAGUGCCACACCCCCAGGGCCUGCCUCUUAAAUGCCACCUUCUGAAGCUAGCCCUGCCCCCAGUUGGCAGGGAAGGGAAGAGGUGGGAGGUGACAGGUUCCUCCUCUGCUGGGACACAGCAGCUGGGGCUGGGACUGCAGCACAGGGGGUCUGGGUUAGUGUGGAAAGCUCCCUCCUGUGGCUAGGGGGGCCCCAAAUGGCACGCAGAGGGUGCCCGCUGCUUCAGUUGUCCUCUAUCCACCAUGGUUUGAAUGAGGCCUCACCUGGAGGGAGGGGUGGAACAGGAAUGACUGCAAAGGCCUUUCCUGGAGGGUGGGUCCCCAGAGAACUUCAGAGCCUGGAGAUCACCUUAUCACAGAUAGGGAAAGUAAGUCCUGGAGAGGGGGCAUGAUAGGCCCAAGGUCAGUGGUGGUGCUGGGAUGAGACCCUUGGUCCAGGGCUCUGCAGUUGGGCAACAUUCUUUCCCUGCCACCCCCUUUUCCCCAUGGCCACAGGUGGCAAGUGCCUGCCCCUGCGGCCCUCACUGGCAUGGUGGGCUGGGUUGGGGGGCAGUCAGUGAGAUUGUUCUGAUCUUUCCAACCCUGCAGCACC